GGAGUUUGGUAUCGUAAUGCAAAUUGCACGUGAGAUCAAGAUAGAAGAUCUCUCAGUUGAAAAGACUCACCGCAACAUAGAGUUGCCACUCCGACACCAUGAGAAACUCUCAAGAAGAUACUGAAGUGCAUCGAGCAUUGCCUGACAAGUUGACAAACGUCAACACCUCCAAUGGAGCAGAAGAUGGGGAAAACUUGCCAUAUCCUGUGAUAGAGAAGAUCGUGGCCGCAAUUCCCUUCCCUCAAGUCUACGGCAUAAAACUGAUUUCAAAGCGGAUGCACUCCAAUUUUCAAGCUCUUGUGAGCCGAAACUCAUCCACAUGGCCCACUUAUUGCCCGGCAUUCGUCUUCAACGACAAGCUGCUCGGAUUCGACAAAAGCAACAACGUUUGGCGUACAUUCACCUACAGGCCUCUGGUAGCAGUCAGCACCGAGUUCCCUCCUCCAUCAAUAGCAGGAGCCAGUGUGGCAGGAGCCUUAAUUUGCAUGUACGAGAGAUCAAGAGAUGGACCAGUUGUGACUGUCAAAAAUUUUCUGACUCGCAGAGAAAGGACCCUGCCUCCUCUUCCUAUCGAAGACGAUCCGAGUGUCAACUGGUGUCGGCCCAUUCUGCUUCCACUCAGCAAGGAGGACUACAAGGUAAUAUUGUAUGGAAUUUCCUGCAAGAUGGGAGACGGUCCACAGCUGGGGGCCUAUCUUGAAACGCGUACGUAUGAUUCUUCGAGCUUGAGCUCGGCUCCGCGAGUUUGGACAAAGCAGUCGACGUCGGUGACUUUCGCAAGUUGUUCUCGGUGUAAUGUGUAUCUGAAUGGAAACCUGUACUUCAUGUGGCCAUGGAAUGACCGCUCCUUCAGCUUCUUCCAGUACACAGGCACUCUGUGUGUCAUAAAUGUGUUCCGGUUCAAUCUUGAAAGCGGAUCCCUGACGAAAGUUGGCUCCCUUGAAAUCCGUUAUGAGACACUUUUCGAGAGCUAUCUCAAGCUAUGUGGUUCGAGCAUCUUGCUUGUGGUCAUAGACAGAGCCCCGGCGAACAAAGCCACCGUGACAUUGUACCAACUUUUUGAGAACAGUUUGAGCCUGGUGAAGUUGUCAUCAUGCACUUUGUUCAGGGGAGAUGAGUCCACUGGAUAUUGGGUUGCUAGUAUAGAUCUCGUUGGAGAAGAUGAUUGUCUCCACGUGUGUGAUAAAUACGUCAUGACGACAUACACCAUAAGUUCCGACAGUUGGAAAUCCUUUCCACCUCUGCCUGAGUCAUAUCCUUUCAGAUUCCUGCCUAAAAGUACAGUCAAUUUCCAGCCCGGAUUGAACCCAUUUGCAAUUCCGUAAGCGUUUGAACUGAUGGUAACGGUUGAUAGUAGCGGGGAAAGUGUCUGAAGAAUAGUGUCCGAGAGGGAUAAGGUCAUGUGAAUAUGAUUUUCUUUUGCGUGUAAGACUUACACGCAAAAGGGCACUUAGGUUUAUAGGGCAAAAUUGCAUUUACACUGUAAGUGCAAUUUGCCUGAGAAACUUUGAGCUGAUGCUCCCGUCAUUGGACAUCACUAUGUUAAAGCGGAACAAAUGUCUCUGAAAUAAUGAAUCUUGAUUCUUGAUUGUC